ACCAUAGGCUGACGCUCCUCCAGCCUCCUCCAGUCUACCAUCGACUCUGAGUUGCCACCUAAGCCGCCAGUGUCGCCUCUCCUGCGGACAGAACCGUUAGCAUCACCCCCCUCCCGGUCCUCCGGCUGUCCAACGGUCCAAUAUCCAGCUAACGGUUACCAUUCGACAGUUUGGCAGUAUCAGUCGCUGAGGAUGUUAUGAUGCCAUCAUCGCCGGUGUGACGACAGAUUGAAACCGGGCCUGAUCAUGGGAGACAGAAGGAGGUCACCAUGUGCAGAAAUGUGUCCAAAUAUACCCUCUUCUUCCUUUUCCUAGCCCUGUGCGGCUUCAUCUUCCUGUUGCGCAACAUUCACACUGUGGAGAACUGGAACUGCCACACUAUCUCAGCCCUCUACCAGCUCCAGAGCAGGAUCCAGUCGUCCUUCCUCCCCGUGAAUCUGCCCACCUUUCAUCACAACCGCACCUUCUGUGCCCAUCUGGGCCAGAAACCAACGCCUGAAGAUGAACUGGAGGAGCGCUACCUGUUGGACUCCAUCACCUGGCCUGGACCCCCGCCUCGCUCCUCACCCCCCGCCCUGCGCCAGACGAGCGACCCCGUGCACAGCCUGUUCGCCGUCCUCCCCACUCAGGGAGGGAGGGAGUGGCAUGUGGACGACCAGCUGGAGGCGCUUGUCCAAAUGCACGACUUCCAGGGUCGUCCAAAGCGCUACGGAGGGGAUUUCAUUUUGGCCAGACUGCACUCCCCAGAGCUGGGAGCAGGCGUAGCGGGUAAAGUGCUGGACCACAAGAACGGAUUUUAUUCUGCUAUGUUCCCGCUUCUCUGGGUGGGUUCUGCACAGAUUGAGAUCACACUGGUGCACUCGAGUGAAGCUGUGGCUGUGCUGCGACGGCUGAGGGAGGAACGGCCUGAUCGGGUGUUUUUUAAGAGCCUGUUCCGCCUGGGCUUCCUGUCUGAAACAACAGUCUGCAACAUGUGCCUGCCCCCUGAGCAGCCUCUGUGCAACUACACUGACCUCUACACCGGCGAGCCCUGGUACUGCUACAAGCCUAAGAUGCUCAGCUGUGACAGCAGAAUCAACCACGCCAAAGCAGGCUACCAGAAACACCUCAUCACCAACAAGGAAGCGCUGCUCUUCCAGAGUGGUGUAAACAUUAAAGUUCCCAUACACGCUUCAGGACCCGACAGAAUCGACGUGCUGCCCCCCAGGAAAGAGGUAGAGGUAGAAAGCAGCAGUGUAAAACCAGAGCCAAUUAAGCUAGCCCCGUCUGGAUAUUACUACGAGGACUCAUGGAGGCCAUUAAGUGGCAUUACAAUGCGCCAGUUCAACGAAUCAUCCGCUGUCACUCAGUGUUUGAAGAACAAGGUGAUCAACAUGUACGGAGACUCUACCGUCAGGCAGUGGUUCGAGUACCUCAUCACUUUAGUACCAGGGUUGAGGGAGUUCAAUUUGAACAGUCCUAAGAACGUGGGGCCUUUCAUGGCGGUGGACAGCACCCAUAAUAUCCUGUUGAAGUACCGUUGCCAUGGCCCGCCCAUCCGCUUCUCCACCGUCAUGGCCAGUGAACUGCGGUACGUUUCAAACGAGCUGGACGGCCUCUCCGGGGGGCCAAACACUGUGGUGGUCCUCAGCAUUUGGGCCCAUUUCAGCACCUUUCCUGUGGAGGUGUACAUACGGCGGCUGCGUCACGUCAGGCGGUCGCUGGUGAGACUUCUGGACCGGGCGCCGGGGACGAUGGUUGUGAUUCGCUCGGGGAACCUCCAGGCCCUGGACCCGGAGGUGAGCCUGUACAACAGCGACUGGUACUCCCUGCAGCUGGACGAGGUGCUCAGGUCCAUGUUCAAGGGGCUGAACGUGCUGCUAGUGGACGCCUGGGAGAUGAGUUUAGCUCACCACCUUCCUCACGCCCUGCAUCCUCCGCCGGUCAUCGUCAAGAACAUGAUAGACACGCUUUUGUCGUACGUUUGUCCAGAAAAGACAAAGAGACAACUUACAUAGGAGAGGAUGACGAUACUGGAUCUUGUUGUUGAGGAGUUCAUUAUGUGAUGUUUUUUCCGAAGGUACACACCCUUUAAAUACGAUCUUUAAUGAGAGAUUUCCUGAUUCAAAGUACUGUUCUCUGUUUUGGUUUGUUUUUAAACUAAUUUUGUUCUGAAAAUGCCAAAGCCUUUGGCGCAGUGAUUGUUACUUUCCAUCUGCUUUUGGUACCAAAGUGUUGUGUGUGUGUGUAUGCAUUUUUAAAGUAAUAAUCACAAAGAUUUACCUUCAAAUGAAUGUAUUUUAAGUGAUUUGCCAAAUGAGGUAACCCUACAAUGAGUGGGUCUAAUGGUGAAAGUCUUUGCAUUGGUAGCAUUACAAACAGGGUGUGGCAUAUUCCUGGGAAAAUGUACAAGCUGCACAAAGUUAGUCAAGCUUUUCCCAUCAGCCAGCUGUGUUUGGUUUGCCAAAAAGAAUAGGGCGCAGCUCAUGUAAAAAGACUAGCUCUCCAACUCUCUUGUGUUCAUUAUUUUCUGGUCUGAGCUUGCACUGCGAGUAAGUAUCUCCAAACAAAAUAAAAAUGAAUACAGACCAUACAAUUAAAGUUAAAAUACUUACGUCACACAGGCAAGUUUUAAAAACCCACCUGGACAUACUGCUUACCGACAUGGUUUCGCCAAAGAGAAUUAAAUGGAAAUCAUCAAGACUUUACGUUGUCCAUAUUUGUGGUUGGUAUGCUUUCAAGGUUGCAGUUUAAACUUUAUAUUUAUGAAUAUCUUUGUUCGUUAGUUUUGCCAAAGCUGAAGACUCAGUGAGUUUUCAUCUCGAGAUUUUCCUCAGGCUGUUCGGUGUUAAAAUGAUAUUAUGUUCGGAUGUUGACUACACUUAAUUAGGUCAGGCGAUUUAAAAUGAAACUUUCUCUGAUUAUCUGUUCUGCAAAAUGCUCCUUUGUUAAUUAUCAUCUAUAAAUGUGUCUGAUUUUAUAGUAAAUGUUAAUUUAGGUGUUUACAGUACAUAUCAAUGGAACUUCUUUAUCAGACCAAAGUUAAAUACUGACUGUAUUUAUAUUACUUUUAUCCAAAUUUCUUUACAAAUUUCUUUUAAAACGUGUUAUUUAAAGGCAACCUGAAACUCUUUGGUUGGCCAUCAUUUUGCACAAUUUACUUUUGGGAUUUACUUUCUGCUUGUAUAUGCUCAAACGUCACUUUGAAGGUCUGGCUUUAUUUUUGUAUCUUUCGAGUCCAUCCACAUUGUGUCAGUUCCUAUUGCUAAUUUAACUUUCUACGUUAACUUUUCUUUUUGUUAUCCUUUAUGCCGUCCCAUGUUUAUCGUAGGAAGACAGCGAAGUUUGAAGGAGAGGUGGUUAUCAGGUGUGAUACAAAGAGAAAAAUGUGCCUGUCUAAUCCUGUUUGCCUCUGACGACGAUCAGACGCCGACUUUUAACAGACUUUGUCAAAACUCAUUUUAAUAAGAACAGCAUCGUCACUGUCAAAUGUUUGCUUUUAUAACUCUUAAAACGAGCAGCUCAUGACUCUGUUUUGUCAUUCGCUUUCUCAAACUGGAGAUUAGAUUGAAGAAGCUUCGAGAUUAAGGUACAUAACAUAUCAAUAAAAUGUGGGUAUGAUAAUUGUCACGAUAAAUCAGGAUCAUGACAUGGUGAUGCAUCUGGUAUCUUGCAUUUUCCUGAUCUUAAAACCUUUGGUACAUUUCAAUAAACUAAACUGUUAA